UUUCAUUGGGAUAGCGACCAACGCCAAUAGAGAAAAAAAGUUUCAAGGAGAGCCUCCUUUAAUUUUUUCUCUCUUUUCUUUGAUUCAGAAUUGCAAAAGAGAGAGAGAGAACCUAGGAACCAGUUUCACGAAGGGAAAGAGAGGGGGAUCCAAAUCUGCGAGGAAAUAGGAAAGGAGAGAAAAGAAGAAGAGGUUCAAGCAAUGAAGAAACAGGGCACAUCAUCACAAUCGACGACAACAAGGCCUGCGACAACAGUGUUGCCGUACCAGACCCCAAGAUUGAGAGAUCAUUACCUUAUUGGGAAGAAGCUUGGCCAAGGCCAAUUUGGGACUACCUACCUCUGCACCCACAAGUCUACGGAAGCCCAAUACGCCUGCAAGUCAAUCCCCAAGAGGAAACUCCUAUGCAAGGAAGAUUACGACGAUGUUUGGAGGGAGAUUCAGAUCAUGCACCAUCUCUCCGAGCACCCGCAUGUGGUACGGAUCGAAGGGACUUAUGAGGACUUGGUGUUCGUGCACUUGGUCAUGGAGCUGUGCGCUGGGGGCGAGCUGUUCGAUAGGAUUGUGCAGAAGGGGCAUUACAGUGAGAGAGAGGCAGUGAAACUCAUAAAGACCAUCGUUGGUGUGGUGGAGGCUUGUCACUCUCUCGGCGUUAUGCAUAGGGAUCUCAAGCCCGAGAAUUUCUUGUUUGAAAGUCCUGCCGACGAUGCCAAGCUCAAGGCCACCGAUUUCGGCUUGUCUGUCUUCUACAAGCCAGGAGAAGCUUUCCAUGAUGUGGUAGGAAGUCCCUAUUAUGUGGCACCUGAGGUGUUGAAAAAGCAUUAUGGACCUGAAGUAGAUGUAUGGAGUGCUGGUGUUAUCCUUUACAUUUUACUCAGCGGAGUUCCACCUUUUUGGGCUGAAACUGAAACAGGAAUCUUUAGGCAGAUUUUAAAAGGAAAAUUAGAUUUUGAAUCUGCACCAUGGCCUAGUAUUUCAGAAAGUGCAAAAGAUUUGAUCCGAAAGAUGCUCGAGAGGGAUCCAACAAAAAGAAUUUCUGCCCAUGAAGUCCUAUGCCACCCAUGGAUUGUGGAUGACAGAGUUGCACCAGACAAACCUCUAGAUUCUGCAGUUUUGUCACGGCUGAAGCAGUUCUCAGCAAUGAAUAAACUUAAAAAGAUGGCUUUGCGUGUCAUUGCAGAAAGACUUUCAGAGGAAGAAAUCGGUGGUCUGAAAGAAUUGUUCAAAAUGAUUGACACGGACAAUAGUGGAACUAUAACAUUUGAGGAGCUUAAAGAGGGUUUGAAAAGAGUGGGCUCUAAUCUAAUGGAAUCUGAGAUCAAGUCUCUGAUGGAUGCAGCUGAUAUCGACAACAGUGGAUCAAUAGACUAUGGUGAAUUUCUUGCUGCUACAUUACACGUGAAUAAGAUGGAGAGAGAGGAGAAUCUGGUUGCAGCCUUCACCUAUUUUGACAAAGACGGUAGUGGAUACAUCACCAUUGAUGAGCUUCAACAAGCUUGCAAGGACUUUGGUCUAGGUGAUGUCCAUCUAGAUGAUAUGAUCAAAGAAAUUGAUCAAGACAAUGAUGGGCGUAUCGAUUAUGGGGAGUUUGCAGCAAUGAUGAGGAAGGGAGAUGGAGGAGUUGGGAGGAGCAGAACAAUGAGAAGCAAUUUGACCUUUAAUUUAGCUGAUGCCUUUGGAGUAAAAGAGACGAGCUGAGAUACUAACCAAAAGCAAUCCUGUAUAGUAACAGCUUAGAGGAUGAAGGCAAUAGUUCCAUUUUUAUAUCUUAAUGACAUUUAGCUUUUGUCUGUGCUGAAUUAUGCCUAACCGAUUAGAGGAUGAAGGCAAUAGUUUUUUAUUUUUAUUUUUAUUUUUUAGAUCUUAACGACUCUCAGCUUUUAUUUGUGCUGAUGCAUGUUUUUCAAUUACUGUUCUGUUAUAAAGUGCAGAGAUUUGGUUC